AUGGGAAAUAGCCUCCUAUUUGCUGUGGCCAUUGUAGUCAUUUACGCCACGGCAGUUGUUGGUGCAGGUUCAUGUGUGCCAAUAGACAUCAACAAUCCAGAUGUCCAGCGGCUUGGCAGGUGGGCGGUGGCAGAGCACGAGAACCAGGUACAGGACGGGAUCAAAUUCAACAAAGUUGUGAGAGCCGAGAGCGAUGAUGAUUUGGAACUAGGCUUACUCCUCCAUCUCUUCAUCGACGCAACCAACGGAGAUGGCAAGGAUGCCAAGUACGAGGCGGUUGUGGACCAGAUUCGCGGGAAACCCGAUCUCUUGGACUUUAAGUCGGUUAACUGA